CUCCAUCACCUUUACACAACUUUCCCACCAAACCACCCCAAUCUAUUAUCACAAUGGAAUCCGCCAAGGCCGCCGUCGCUGAGUUCAUGUCCAAGUCGGGACACCACGACACCACCGUCCACGAGAAGGUCGCCCCCGCUGUCACCCACGAGAGCCAUCAGCUCCAGCAGCACGAGCAGAUCCAGACCGCCAUCGACAAGGAGGUUCACCAGGACCACUACCACACCUCCAUCCAGCCUGUCAAGGACCGUGAGGUUCUCCCUGAGCAGCACCACCACAACCUUGCCGCCGUCGAGCACCGCUCGUUCGAGCACGGCAACGACUCCCAAGUCAAGGAGCGCCUUGCUGCCGAGGCUGCCCAGUUUAGAGACCAGCGCACCGAGGUUGAGGCUGUGCACUCUAAGUCGAUUGCCCCCACCAUCGGCGGUGAGCACAUCCACCACCAUGUCCACGAGACCAUCCAGCCUGUCGUCAACAAGGAGACCAUCGAGCCCCACGUUGUCCACACCACCGUCCCCAUCCACGAGGUUCACCACAACGCCGCCCAGCACCACACUGCCUCUGCUCUUCCCGCCGUCUCCAUGGCCGACUUUAAGAAGCAGGGUGGUGUCCUGACUGGCCGCGAGGAGCGCUACGACGGCUUCGAGGGUGAGCCCCGCACUGUCGGUGGUGCUCACACCUCUACCUCCACCUCCACAACCGGUCUCACUGGUGCUGGCCUUACCGGUGCCGGUGUCACUGGCGAGCGUGACCUCAAGCACGGAUCCCACUCUCACUCUUCCACCACCGGUACUGGCGCUGGCCUUACCGGUGCCGGUGUCGCUGGCGAGCGUGACCUCAAGCACGGAUCCCACUCUCACUCUUCCACCUCCGAGCACGACUCCAAGCACGGCAAGCCUUCCCUCAUGGACAAGCUUAACCCCAAGAAGGAUGCCGACCACGAUGGCAAGGCCGGUUUCAUGAAGUAA